AUGUUUUCAUUCUGGCGCCUGCGUCGUAGCCAGCCACCUUCUCCUACGGUGGAGGACGAAGUCGCCUCUCUCGCUCGCGAACUGCACGCCGUCCCCUGCAUCAUUGAGAAGCCAGGACUAGAAGGCGUCCACUGCAGGGGAUCCAUUGACCAGUAUCCGGUGCUUCUGGCUGUGAGCCUACCACAGUUACUGCCGCCGACUACAGAGUCUAGGGUCACAGAGGUGUCCGAUGAUUCCCCAGAUAAAAGCGCAAGCUCUUCCGCGUCGUCCAUGAGCGCUCCCAACGAGACUGCGCCCCGAUCUGAAACGAGCACCAAGUCGACUAUUGCUCCUGCUGCGACUCAAUCUCGGAACAAGGAGAACAGCAUUGAGAGUGAUCUGUCUCGAGGACAACAGUCUGGUCACCAAGCUCAUCCACAGACACUACGACCGCUUGAUACUAAAAGCGCGAACAAUGGCCAGAAACGAGCACCUUCACGGAAUCCAUCUUCCAAUACUGAAAAACAGACUUCCCCGCAGCGUGAUGUCUCUGUCAAUGGCAGCCAUUCAUCAUCUCGGCCCCUAAAGGACUUGUCAGUUGCUUCUCAGAAUCAACUGCCUCGUCAAGAAGGCAAGGCCUCUAUGUCUCAGGACUCGAAAAUCAGCCGGUCACGGAGUGUUAAACGCGAAGAAUCGCAGCGUCCAGUCACCAGCACAAAAGCCCAAAAGCCUCCGAUGCCUUCCCACAACCGUGUGGAGGAUCCUCCACAGCCAAAGACAGCUUUCCAACCUCCCCAGUCAAACACAGCUCGGUUCAACAAUGUUAAAAAUGAAGGAUCCACCGAACGACCAGUCGCUAACCAGAAGGUCUCGAUCACUUCAUCCAAGGGUCCGUUGAAUUCGGUAGCAUCUGAGCGCAAAGAAACCAGCGACAGCAAGGCCCAAGUCGGAAAGGAGCAUCCGAACCAGUGUUCGAAGGUCGCUAGUUUUAGCGAGCGACUGGAAGAGAAACUACGACACCGACGGGAAUUUCAAGAGUCAAAGGAUCGCACGGAGAAUGAUGCACAGAGCAAAUCCGAUCCUAAAAAGACCAAGAUGCACACUGUCCAAGCUGUCCCAGUGAAGGAAGAUCGAGCACCUCAGCCCGUGGUGCCCGUCAAGGUACCGCUGGAUAAUGUUCCUGCGGCCGCAACACAGACGCGAGCUCGAGAUUCCUCUUCAAAGUCUCGAGAAAGCAGCACGCAUGCCUCGGGCACAACCUCUAGGUCACGAGCAACUUCCACAUCUCCCAAGUUGAAGCCUGCUUCUGGCUCUUCAGACAAAGAUGACAAAGUCGCUGCUACAUCUUGUACUACUAUAUCAAUCUCCCAGUCGUCGCCGCCUUCUUCAUCUUCAAAGGACGAAGCCACGCCAAAACCCGGUACUGUGUUAACAGUAACAAUAGCGCAACCGGCGCAACCGACGCAUUCCCGCCGAACUAGAAGUCAGACUGUAACGCUUCCUCACGAAGUCAUUCCGAAAGCUGUCUCGACAUCCGAAAAACCAUUAGAGGUGGACAAGACUCAGCUCCGUUCCCACUCUUGCCAGCGGGAUAUUGCUUCCUACAAGAUGGAGAUGUCCACCCAAUUCUCUCCGGGAGCAGAAAAUCUCUGUCUUCUACCGUGCCCCCGGGCGAUCCCAAUGGCGGGCUAUCAAGACUGGUACACGAUCAAGGGAAUGCCAUACCUCGACAUUUGCCCAUCCUGCACCCAGCAACUGGUGCAGUCGAAAUUCCGCGAAUUCUUCAUCCCGGGCCCCCCGAAGCCGCGCAGCCAGAAAGUCCGGUGCUCGUUCAGCGAGCCCUGGACCCGUCUCGCCUGGGUCCAGGCUAUCAAGAAGGACUGCGAAGACCUCAAAAUGCUUCAUCAGAUCACUCAUCCCCCGCAAAUAUUCAAGCCGUGUCCUGGCCGUAUCACAACAGAACAGUACUGGUACCGCAUCAUCGACCCGGAAACAGAUACGUACCUGCCUCGCUUCAGCAUCUGUCCAACCUGCAUCCGGAACCUGCGCAUCCUCAUGCCCUCCCACCGCGACACGUUCGAACGCAGUCCCACCCCGCGCGAACGGCUAUGCGACCUCGCUACCUCCUCCCCCCGUUUCGUGCAGUACAUCGACCUCCUCGACGCAGCGGCUACCAGGGCAGAGCUUUCAAACUCCCCCCUCGUCAGACCAGUCGAUAUGGACCCCUUCCUCGCCUAUGCACGCCGCAAGGUCGUCCUUCGUGACUGUCCCCGCGACCGCCUCAUCUUCAGCAACUGGCAUUACCUCCCUCAGCUACCCGAAUUCACCGUCUGCGAGGACUGCUUCGAUGACGUCGUCUGGCCGCUCGUGAAGGCUAAUUACCCAAUCGCCCGUAUGUUCUCUACCAGUCCCCAGCUCUUACCGGGGGAUGGCCUGUAUGGGUGUCGCGAGGCGAGUUGUCAGCUCUAUUCGCCGCGGAUGAGGGUGCGGUUUCGCGAUGCCGUAUUGAGAGAUAGCUUCUUGCUCUUGGAGCAGGUUGCGCUAACGAGGUAUAAUGCUGAGAGGAAGUUUAGGGAGCGUAAGCUUGAGUUGCUUGAUGAGGAUCGUAGGGGGUUUGAUCGUGAUGUUGAGUUGAGGGUUAAUGGGGAGGAGUGGAGAAAGUGGGAGUGA